CGUUAGCGGACGCGAGGCUGCAUCAAUCGCCUGACUAAACAACCACGCCCAAUGUAAGCAAACAAACUUUGCAUCGCGAAUUUGUAUGGCGUGUGUCGAUGGCAGUUUAGUGACAUAAGUCGCUAGUCGACGCUGCACAUAUUAAUAACCCAGAUACAUGGCCCAAUCGUUCGAUGCGUCUCUUUUCUGUGAACACAGCACACGCUGUGGGUCGAGCGCGAACAGCACACGCUGAGAACUGUACCCUCACUUCGUCACAGUGUAAGGGGAAGUGAUCUCAGCACAGACGCGAUUGGUCAGGCUCGGAGCGGUAUUCCCAACAGUUUGAGUUCACAGUCGAGCUAUGGAUUGAGGACCGUGUACAGGACUUCGCUUCAGUCAUCGGGGUCAAUGUUGACAAUUUAUGAUCGUAAUUUGGUGGGGCCCGGCUCACGGUCGGACCCCCAGAUACCCACCGACCCACCCACACGGAUUAUAACCAGAAGGAGGGAGCAUAAACUACUUACAGUUUGACAAUUCAAAAAUAUAUAUGCCGGCGUUCAAGUGGAAUCGGUUCGGAUAUAUAACGGGUGGUACACCCAGUGUUCUUGUAUCCAAGACUGUAGGUGACGACAGCAUCAACGUCUCCAUCUACCGACCCCUGGGUCUACUACUGUAAACUAGGUGUGACGCCGUCUUGGUAUGGCAAGUGACUACCCCAGGAUUCAGACCGCGUCAGCUGUUCUAGGGCAAAUCCUCCUAGUCUGUGUGAUACUUAUCAACGCCAAAACCCCAAAAUAUGAAUUUGAAAUUGAUUUUCAACACAAGCCUGUCCCUUGGCACAAGUGUCCUCAAGACUGGAUCCAAUUUGGCGGCAAGUGCUACAAGGUGAUAUUAGACUCCGCCACAUGGGAUGAAGCCAAGAUAAUAUGUAGAAGUUAUGGAGGAAGUCUUGUGAAGAUUAAAGGCUUCAACAAGAACAAAGGAAUCAACAAAAUAAUUAAGGACCUCCUCAAGGGCAACUCUGUGAAGAUAAGUGAGGCUGCCGCUCAAUACACAUGGAUAGGGUUCCAGCGGGCAGCCAAUGGCAGCUAUUCAUGGUCUGAUGGCGAGACGACUGCUGAACAACAAGGCUUCUGGUCAGAGGGGAAUCCAGUUCAGUACAAACAUGGAUCCAGCAAGUGCACAGACGUCGACCUCCUGUCCUCCAAGUAUGGAGAGUUCCGCUGGAGUCUGCGAGGUUGUGAGAAAAAGAAGCCAUUUGUGUGUGAAGUGAAAGCAUGUAACAAGCACAGCUACCGGUGUGCUGACGGCAAGAAGUGCUACUGUAAAUACUGCAAGUGUGAUGGACAGCAGGACUGCCAGGACGGGUCCGAUGAGUGGGAUUGUGACAAUGGUCGGCGGUGUGGAGGAGAGCUGUCUGGAGCAAGUGGAACAUUCCAUACCACCAACUUCCCAAAGAAAUACCCGAAACACACAGACUGUGUGUGGAGGAUCAAUACAGCAGUGGGUACCAAGGUCCAGUUAGAGUUUGUCAACUUUGAUGUUGAGUCCAAAUAUGACAGCGUGACGGUGUAUGACGGUGCUGAUGACACGUCACGCCAGCUGGGGAAAUACACCGGGAACAAGAGACCAGCCGUGCCCCUGGCCUCAGGAAACUUUCUUCUUGUCAAAUUCAAAUCAGAUCAUUCCAAAGAAAAAUAUGGCUUUAACGCAACAUGGAAUGCAGUAACAUUCAGUGGGCCCCAAGAUUCCUGUGGAGGGAUGCUGACUGCUAGACGUCCGGAGAACUGGUUCACCUCACCACAAUACCCAAACAAUUACCCUGAGAGUAUUGUGUGUGACUGGACAAUCAGAGCAGAAAACUCAGGAGAUAUUGUCACACUACAGUUUGAGGACUUCGAGUUGGAGAGUCCGUACGACUGGGUGGAGGUCCGAGAUGGAUCCGGUGAAGACGAUGGGCUGUUUGAAAGAUUCACCGGUGACAGCUUGCCAAAGAUCAUCAUGUCCAGUGGUCAGAGUCUGUUUGUGAGGAUGAAGACCGACUUUGCCUACGUCCUCCGUGGCUUCAAUGCCACCUACAGCAGCGGAUGUGAUGUAACAAUCCGGUCGGGACAUGCAAAAAUUGAAUCUCCUGGGUACGGCGUCAGUAACUACCCAAAUGACAUCAGUUGUUCUUGGCGUCUCUUAGAUCCCCAGCAGAGAGAACUGUCGCUCAUAUUUCAAGCCAACUUUGAUACUGAGACCAGUAUCGAUCAAGUGUUUGUGUAUAACACUAGUCAGGAAGUCACAGGGUCACAUGCAAGCAUACACUCAGGGAGAAUAUCACCGGGGCCAUCACGGACUGACGUGGGAGAGUUUUUUGUGCGCUUUACCACUGAUGAACGAAUCUCACGACCUGGAUGGACUGCAGCCAUUUCGUAUGACUGCCCUGCUCUGGAUGUGUCCAGUCCAUUGAACAUCAACACAACCGAGACGGCCUACAGCACCGUCGUCAGCUACUUCUGUGAUCUGGGCUUCCUUCGUGAGGGGGCUGCUACUGUUAUCUGUGAUAUGGAGGGCCUUUGGCGGCCAGAAAAACUACCUGUAUGUAUAGAGAUCGACUGUGGUUCCCCCGGCGUGCCGGCCAAUGCUGUCCUUGUCUCCCUUGACAAGACCACAUAUGGAGGGACGGCAUUCUACCAGUGUCUGGAGGGCUAUGAUCUGAUUGGUCAGAACCAGGUCACAUGCAGUGAGCAGGGCUGGUCCCCACUUCCUGCCUGUGAAUUGGUUACCUGCCCGAAGGUGCACGCACCUGUCAACGGCCGUGUUGAGGCUGAGGAGAACCACUAUGGCGCUGUCAUCACCUACUACUGCAACAAUGGCUACCACCUGGUUGGAUCUGCACAGGCUCACUGCACAGCAGACGGCACAUGGUCUUCUGUGGCGCCUACAUGUCAGCCUGACCAGUGUCCAGCUAUUCAGGGAGUGACCAAUGGACGACCCAAUGUGACUGGCCCAGUCAAAGUUGGGGAGUCAGUCAGCAUUGACUGUAACCAUGGAUACAGACCAGACAAAGAUAAUGUCCUCUUGUGUCAGGAGGAUGGACUAUAUGACAAGAGUGUACCAGCCUGUCUUGACAUCAACGAGUGUACUGAAGAAGACCUGAACACGUGUGACUUUCACCGCUGUGUGAAUCAGGAUGGGGAUUCAAGUGCCAGUGUGAAUCUGGGUACCACCACCCUGAUGGAGAUCAGACCCGUUGUGAAGGUGAGCUGCUACAUCAACGAAUGUGACUCCAACAAUGGUGGCUGUAACCAAGUCUGUAACAACAGUCCUGGCAACAUGAGCUGUUCCUGUAACGACGGUUACUUCCUCUACCCUGGACCCGAUUCUGCCAACAUCGAUGGCCAGGUCCUUGUCCCAGGGAAGACUUGCAUAGCUACGUGUUCUGGAUUCAACGUGACGGAUGGGGAGGUGUUCAUUAGCGGAACGCCCCUACCCAGCGGAAAGUACAUCCACCCGACUGUGGCCUACAUCGACUGUCAGCCGGGCUACGUACCUGACGGACCGGGCAAUGUCACAUGUCAGGUGGCUGGCGGGUGGACAGCAACUGUCACAAGGUGUACAGCAACACUUUGCCCCAAGCCUGACCACCCUCCCAAUGGUGAAGCAAUGUACUCCGGUCUUGAGCCGGGCAGCACACUGCUGUAUACCUGUGACGCUGGCUUCAUCCUGGUGGGGCCGGACCAACGAUUCUGUGACCUUUAUGUGGACCCAGACUCUGGCGUACCCAGACAUGACUGGACCGGAGACAAGCCGACGUGUGAAGCUGUUGACUGUGGUGUGCCAUCCCAACCUGAGAAUGGGGAAGUUCACUACUCUGGUACAGGCUACAAGUCGGUUGCAACCUUCACCUGUCUGUGUGGCUACAUCCUUGAUGGCUCAGCAGUGCGGACAUGUCAGGCGUCGGGUAGUUGGAGCGGCAACAGCACCCGCUGUAACGUUCGAUCUUGUCCCCGAGUGCCGUCUCCAGCUUAUGGUUCCAUUGUCGGUGCCUGGGAGACGUUUCCUGUCGGAUCUGUGGUCAGCUUCCAGUGUGACCGACCUGGGUACCAACUGUCAGAUCCAUGGCCACUGGAAUGCAUCGCAGACCCCCAUCUACGGAUCUCCCUGGAGAAACCAGACUACCUGAUCUCCCUGUCCGUUGACUAUCGUGCUACUGCCUCCAUCCCCAAGCACUGCGUGGAGUACUACGGCUGGGAGAGUGUGAGGAACCUACAGGCUUUCAAGGCCAUCCUCCAGCUCCUCUGUACGGAGUUUGGGCAGCCAGUCAUAAACAUCUACCAGACCACCAAUGGAUCUGUCACUGGCAGUGUGGUAAACAUACAAGGAAGUAUAGGAUUCCAGGUGCGAGAUGGAGAGGCAAUUGCUACUGCUUGUCAGUGUGGCAGUUCUGUCGUCAAUGCUCUGGUUGGACUAGAGGACCCGACCAUGCUGGAUAUCAGAGCUUCCACGGAACUAGGGUGCCCAGCCGUGUCCGCCAUCAGUGGCAGCAUCUCCUCCAACGCAAGUCAAUGGCAGUGUCCACCGGGGGCUCAUACUGGACAAUGGCAACUCGGCCUGUGGAGAGAACACUCCAAUGUGCCUCAAAAUUUUGAAUGUCUAGAAGAGCUGGAACCAACGCCUACUCCUACAACCUCUGUCACCAUCAUCCCAACAUCGCCUGCUGUCACCUCUACUGAUGCACCAGCAGCAACAACAGAUACUGAACAAACUACAACACGGCCUCUUACACCAACAACACAGGAUGUCCACAGUUCCACUCCAGGAUCCCAGACAACACAAGGUGUUUCCACACAGUCAACCACAACUGAGAGACCUUCAACACAGUCACCAACAUCACAAGGUCCAACAACACAAGGCCCAUCUACACAAGGUCCAACAACACUAGGUCCAACAACACAAGGUCCUACAACUCAAGGUCCAACAACACACGGUCCAACAACUCAAGGUCCAACUACACAAGGCCCUACAACUCAAGGCCCAACAACCCAAGGGCCAUCUACACAAGGCCCUACAACUCAAGGCCCAACAACCCAAGGGCCAUCUACACAAGGCCCUACAACACAAGGCCCAACUACACAAGGCCCUACAACUCAAAGCCCAACCACUCAAGGCCCUACAACACAGGGCCCAACAACACAAGGCCUGACAACACAAGGCCCCACAACACAAGGCCCAACCACUCAAGGCCCCACUACACAGGGCCCCACAACUCAAGGCCCCACUACACAAGGCCCUACAACACAAGGUCCUACAACUCAAGGCCCCACAACUCAAGGUCCUACAACACAAGGACCAACUACACAAGGCCCUACAACUCAAGGCCCUACAACACAAGGUCCAACUACACAAGGCCCCACAACUCAAGGCCCCACUACACAAGGUCCUACAACUCAAGGCCCCACAACUCAAGGUCCUACAACACAAGGCCCAACUACACAAGGCCCUACAACUCAAGGCCCUACAACACAAGGUCCAACUACACAAGGCCCUACAACUCAAGGUCCAACUACACAGGGCCCCACAACUCAAGGUCCAACUACACAAGGCCCUACAACACAAGGUCCAACUACACAGGGCCCCACAACUCAAGGUCCAACUACACAAGGCCCUACAACACAAGGUCCAAGUACACAGGGCCCCACAACUCAAGGUCCAACUACACAAGGCCCUACAACACAAGGUCCAUCAACUCAAGGCCCCACAACUCAAGGCCCUACAACACAACGUCCCACAACUCAAGGCCCAUCAACUCAAGGUCCAACAACACAAGGCCCGCCAGUCACUACAAGUCAAUCUUUACCAGAAGUGACAGCGCCAGUGUUUAUCGUGGAGGUCUUGGACUCUAUCGAGGGGAUCUUCAGCAACUCCUGUAUAAACGAGGUGCAUAUGGAAGUUAACAGCAUGGUGAACCAACUGCCUACCCUCUUUAAUGCCCCCCAACUUCAGCACUGUGCCGGAACCUCCGACAUCUAUGUCACCCUCUUGGACGGCCGGAUCAACUUUAGUACCAACAGGGCGAAUGUUGCAGUUAUCUAUGGUCUCAAAUACAACACAUCCUCCAAGGAAUCUGUUGAAGCUUGUGCUGCAGAAUUUAUAAAUUUUACUCGUGUGGAAUUCCCCAAACUCCUUCGCAUGAUCCAAGAUAAAGUUGUCCCCAACUUCUGCAACAACGUCACCUACAUCAGCCCUGGCUGCAACUUCACCCGAAAAGAAUGGGGAUGCGAGGAUGGCUUCAUCCUCGAUUCUGCAGAAUGGAUUUGUUUCCGCGGAACCACAGCCAUUGUUACGACCCCAGCUUCAACUGUUGCUCCACCUACUCCAGCACCUGUCCCUACUGUCCCGAGGAUGAUUCUGACCCUCAGGGGUAGUUUUGUGUCCAGUGCUCAAGUUCCAGAGUAUUGUAUCACACAGUACCAUUCUGCCCUUAUUACAGAACUGACAUGGAUGCAAGCUCAUGUUCAGACGAUACUGUUGGAAUUCUGUAAGGACAUCUUUGUCAGUGUUACGGAGAACUUGACUCUUUCUGCUGAUGGAGAUACUAAGAUCAAUGGAGUUGGCAGACUGCACUUGUAUCCACUUUCGGAGAACAUCGACCAAUCAAGGAUGCUGGUCUGUUACGGAUAUGCAGCAGGACAGCUGACGGCGCCUAAGCAACAUCUGACAACCUUGACCUUGGCUGGCAGCAAGACCCACAACUGCAGUGAUAUUACACUGUCACCAGAUAAACUUGAGACAUCAAACAAUGAUGUGGAAUACUACUGUCCUGAUGGCUAUGUUUAUGAUAAAGACAACUUUAAGUGUAUCGAAGAGAGCAUCCCGACUUUCGUGACGACAGCAACACUGAGGAUGCAAGUGUCCCAGAAUGCCACCAUGUGCACCAGCCAGCUUGCGGUCAACACUGGGUCAGCUAUCAAGGCCUUAGUGUCCCAAGUGAUGGGCAAGCUACAGAACAACACACUAUGUGGCGAAACCUCACAAGUGCUUCUUCAGCUGAAACAGGGACAGAUUGCACCGAGCACCAAGGAGGUGAUGAUAUCGAUUCCAUUUGGGUUGCUGAGUAUGUCAGGAGUGAAGAGUGAUGUCCAGAAAUGUGCAGCACAUCUGAAGACCUACUUGCAUAAUACUCUGGAGACGACCCUGACCUCCUUGCCAACACAAGUGACCAGUUAUUGUGGACGCACCUCCAUCAUCAAAACAGCUUCAGGCUACCAACCAUCUUCUGGGACGUGUGUGGAUGAGCCCAGCACGAACAAAGGCAAAGAUAGACCUCCCCGCAGGAAACGCAGCUCAGUCCGCAGUAACUUGAAGAUCCACACCUUCAACCAAGACAACACCCCGCGAUGGAACGCCUCUGUGCCCCUGUGUCAGGACACACAGGCCCCGGUGUCCACUGACUGCCCCUCAGGAAAUAUGGAGGUGGAGCUGGGUCCCAACGGACCAGUCCCUGCCAACAUCACGCUGCCAACAUUCUCUGACAACUCGGGGGCCACGCCCACUGUCAUCUACACUCCAUCUGACUUCCGACUACCCUACCUCUUCACUAAGAACAUGACAGUUACCGUUGCUGCCACUGACUCCAUGGGAAAUGUAGCCACCUGCCCCCUCCAUGUGUUCCUCGUGGACGUGACUCCACCCACUGUCGUCUGCCCCAGCUCUAUUGUGGUAGAACUGUAUGACUCUGACACACAGGAUGUUCAACUGAGUUUCCAGUCCCAGCCAAUCAACGCCAGUGACUACAGCGGAAUUGAGAGAAUCGAAUACUCACCACCAGAGGGCACUGUCAUUCGUAUGCUCAGGCCUAUUGAAUUAACUGCCACGGUGUACGAUAAUGCUGGCAAUAAAGCUACCUGCUCUUUCGUAUAUGAAGCUCAACCGAGGGAGUGCCCUGAGUGGUCCCUCCCGACCCCCGAGGGUGGGGACAAGGCGUGUACAGGCUCUGUGGAGGGCAACAAGACGGCAUUCAGCUGUCACCUGCAAUGUCCGUCGGGGAUGGACUUCGUGUACGAGCCUCCACUGCAGUAUAUUUGUGAGCUGGGCGGGACCUGGUUUCCUCAUAACAUUGUUCCAGACUGUACAGACAAGGUCGCACCUGAUUAUGACCUUGACCUUGACUUUGAGUUUGAGUAUGAUGGCAACAACAGCGAGAGUUGCGUGUUCCAUCUCAAAGACAAGAUCCUGGAGGUCCUGGGUCCAGUAAUCACAGAACCAUGUGCUGCCGCGAACGACUUCCUCAACAUCACCGCCACCUACGCCAUGUCGAUAGAAACCACCAAGGUCACUGUAAUAGUCAAGGUCUACAUACAAAAGGUCCAGCCCACAGUUCCUCCAUACUAUCUGGCCUCAGCCUGUGGAAAACUCAUCUUGGAGCAAGCAAAUACCACUAACCUUGACAUUCAUAUAGAGGGCUGUGGCAACGCCACCUACAGGCCACCGUGUACAGGAGGGGGAGAUAAUCAGUGUCCACCUGGACACAUCCCAAGGAAUGACUAUUGCUUGGAAUGUACGAGAGGCACGUUUGCAAACCUGACCUCUGGUCAGUGCCAGAGCUGCCCGAAGGGCUCCUACCAAGAUGAGGCCGGGCAGGCAUCCUGUAAGCCAUGUGGUACAGGGACGUCGACGGAGCAGGAACAGUCGGUCGAGGAGUCUCAGUGUAUAGCACAAUGUCCCCCUGGGGAGUCCUCACAGUCUGGCUUGGUGCCGUGCAGCCAGUGUGAGAAAGGAUGGUACCAGCCUGACACUGGUGCCACUGAGUGUGUAAAAUGUCCAGGUGACCAGUCAACACAGGAACCAGGCGCUGACGCAGUUGAUAAAUGUUUCGGUGAGUGCCGACCGGGCUACGUGAGCUGCUGUGGGGUGGAGCCAUGUUACCCCUGCCCCAAGAACAGCUACAACGACAAGUACCGCAGCACCUAUUGCAUACAGUGCCCUAGGAACACCGUCACCAUUGGCGUCGCUAGCAACAGCAGCACACAGUGCAUCAUUGUGGAUCAGUGUGAAGGUCACAGCUGCAUAAAUGGUGCCACCUGUUUGAACAAUGAUACCUUCUACACCUGUGAUUGUUUACCUGGAUUCACAGGCUCCUUCUGUGAGAUUGACAUAGAUGACUGUGCAUCUAAGCCGUGUGUUAACGGUGGUACCUGUGAGGAUUCUGUCAACAACUUCACCUGCUCUUGUCCACCAGGAUAUCAUGGAAGCCACUGUGAGAUGGUGACGGAUGAAUGUCAGCCCGACCCAUGCAUCAAUGGCAUCUGUGUGGAUGAACACCUUACAUUCCGCUGCGAAUGUUAUGAGGGCUUCCAGGGGCACCUGUGUGAUGUGAACACUGAUGACUGUGACGGCGCUCCGUGCCUCAACAAUGGUGUGUGCUACGACAUGAUCGCUGACUACUUCUGCGACUGCAAGGGAACAGGGUUUGAAGGGAAGAACUGCGAACACAACAUUGAUGACUGCUGUGAUUGCAGUUGUCUCAAUGGCGUUACUUGCAACGACCUCAUCAACGGUUUCAACUGCACCUGCCCACCAGGCUAUAGCGGAAGUCGGUGUGAGAUUGACAACAACGAGUGCAGCUCCAACCCAUGUAAAAAUGGUGGCCGAUGUGAGAACCUCCCAGCUGAAUACGAGUGUAUCUGCCAGCCGGGCUACACAGGUGUGAACUGUGAGACUGAAAUUGAUGAGUGUGAAGCUGAGCCGUGUGAAAAUGGCGGCACCUGCAGUGAUCUUGUCAACGACUACCGGUGUGAUUGUAGCUCAGGUUUUGACGGACGAAACUGUGAGAUCAACAAAGAUGACUGUGACCCAUACCCUUGCUCCACACAGGGUACCUUGGAAUGUAUUGAUGGUGUUGAUGAGUUCACGUGUGACUGUCUGCCCUUGUGGACAGGCACUUUCUGUGAGACUCAGCUAGAUGCCUGCCAGACCGAAAAGCCCUGUGCCAGUGGCGCCACAUGUGUUCCAAACGGAGACACAUUCACAUGCUCUUGUCCUCCAGACUACACAGGAACCCUCUGCUCUACAAAGAUUGACAACUGUGCCUCCAAGCCGUGUCUGAACAACGCCACCUGCAUUGACGGCACCUACAACUACACCUGCAACUGUUCCUCUGGGUUCCUCGGCCGCAACUGUGAAGUCAACAUUGACGAGUGCGAGUCGGACCCCUGUCACAAUGGUGGCAUCUGUAACGACAUCAUCGAUGGAUUUACAUGCAGCUGUUUACCUGGUUUUAAUGGCACCCAGUGCGAGAGUGAUAUAGACGACUGUGCCAGCAUGCCCUGUCAUAAUGGAGGAACGUGUAGGGAUCUGGUCAAUGACUUCGAGUGUGACUGUGUCAGAGGGUAUACAGGCAAGUCAUGUGAGACAGAGAUUGACGAAUGUGCUGUCAAGCCCUGUAAAAACGGAGGGACAUGUGUUGACGGUAUUGGAACAUUUGAGUGUGAAUGUCUGGAAGAGUUUGAAGGGGAGCUGUGCGAGACGGCCAUCGAUGACUGUGUCUUCAAUAACACCUGUCUGAACGGCGCCACCUGUGUUGACGGAUGGAGGAGCAUCACCUGCAUCUGUCCACCGCUGUUCGGAGAGGAAGACUGUGGGAAAGAGAAGUCUGAUGACUAUGACCUUCACUGCCAAGGUCAGAAUGGAUCAUUGUGUGAACUGCCUCAAGUUUACGUCGGCACCAACCUGACCGAACUCACUCUCUGUGUCUGGGUCAGGUUCGGGCAACUUGGCGGCAACAGCACUUUCCUGACAUUAAUGGAGAUUAACAAACAAAAUGAAGAAACUGGUGAUGAAGGAGGCAGAGCCAUGGUGGAAUUAUCUGGUAACCAGGCAACCAUUGACCUUUUCAAUGACCUUGACACUGUUGAAGUUGACCUUGUUAGCAAUGAUGGUGUGUGGCACCAUGUGUGUUUCUGGUGGACUUCUGGGGAAUGGAACUUGUGGAAGGAUGGUGAGCUGCAAGAGAGUGGCAGUUCCUAUGGCAACAACAGAAACCUCCCACAAUGGCUUCAAGUCAUCGCUGGUCAGAAGUUUGAGGCCGAUGACGAUGACGACCAGUUCCGCGGAGAAGUGAGCCAGGCAAAUGUCUACAGCUCCAUCCUCAACGAAUCCAUCAUCCAGACGAUGGCUGCCAACUGUAGCGGUCUCCGGCUGGCCGGUGACAUCUACAACUGGGUCAUCUUUGGGGACUACAUCCGUAACGACGUCAUCAUCGUGGAACCAGGACUGUGUGGGGAAUCUGAUUGUCCUCCAGGCUACAGAGGAACAUACUGUGACAUCAAGAUUGACAAGUAUCCCCCCGAGGUAGAGUACUGUCCAGAGGACAUCCUAGUGGUCAGCCGCGACAACCGUCUCAGCGUAGUGGAGUGGGAGGAACCGGUCUUCACUGACGAUGUUGGAGUUGUAAACAUAGAGCAGACGCAUCGAUCAGGUCAGACCUUCGCGUACGGGGAGUACAUCGUCAGCUACGUCGCCUAUGACGCAGAAAACAACUCAGCGGAAUGUGAAUUUGACAUCAUAGUCAAGCCGUUUGACUGCGUUGAACCCCCUUCUCCCCUGAAUGGUGGCAAGGCGUGUCGGGCGUGGCAGCAUGGACACUACUGUUCCAUUGCAUGCUUCCCCAACUAUGAGUUCGUGGAAUUUCCUCCCCCGUUCUACCGCUGUGGCAAGGAAGGAUUCUGGGACCCACCGCGAGGCAGCCCUUUCCUGUUUCCAUCAUGUGCAAUGCCCUACCCACCAGCAUCCAGCAUCCUUGGAGGAGGAGUAGACUUUAGUGGCCCACAGUGUACCGAGGCAUUCAAGAGUCAGCUCAGAGAUCGAUUCAUCGCUAUCAUGCGACAGCUGGACGCGCGUAUCGGCCUGUGUACACCGGAGGAGUGUUCGUAUGAUGACAUCAACGUGGACUGUGGCAACCGGAGGAGGAGAGACACCUCCUCAAAUGUCGUGUUCCAUGUGUCCUUUUCAGUUAAUCUGUCAGCAAAUGGUAACGCUCUAGAGAACGAGGGUGAUGCGUACAUAACUGAAGAGCUGGAAAACACAGUGAAGCGUGGCGAGUUCAACUUCAUGAACUUCUCGGCUGACGUGACGACCCUGAGCGUGAAUGUGGAGCUGCAGUGUCUGGCGGGACAGGCUCUGACCACCAUCAACCAGACCAAGAAAGUCUGCUUGGACUGCCCGAUGGGCUAUUUCCUGAACGAAACAACCGGAGAUUGUGAGAUAUGCUCGGAGGGAACGUACAACAGUGCUGACAGACAGACACAAUGUACAGCCUGUCCCCCAGACCACACAACAGGUGCCCCCGGAGCCGUCAACGUCUCACAGUGCUACGCUGUGUGCAGUCCUGGUCAUUUCUACAACUCUGGGUCUGGCCAGUGCCAACGCUGUCCCCUGGGAGAGUAUCAGAAUGAGAUUGGACAAACAUCCUGCAAGUCCUGUCCCCCAGGGCAGUCCACGGAGACAACGGGGACAAUCCACGGUGAAGACUGUGCUUAUUUGUGUCGUCUUGGUGAGGAGUUGGGAGUAACUGCUACUUGUCAACCGUGUCCGAUUGGGAGCUACCGAGAAUCCUUCUUAACCGACUUUUGUCAACUAUGUCCAUACGGCUGGACCACGGAGAAAGAAGGAUCCACCUCUAGUAGUGACUGCUCUGUUGCUGAAUGUUCAAGAGGCGAGUAUCGCACAGAAAACAACAAGUGUCAAUCAUGUCCAAAGGGUACCUACCAACCGAAGCGCGGCGCCACUUCCUGUAUUCCAUGUGGGCCAGGUCUGACCACUCCUGGUGUAGGCGAGGUGUCUGAGGACCGAUGUUACCCUGGACCAGUCAAUGAGUGUGACCUGAACAUUGACAACUGUGACACUAACGCCAUCUGUGAGGACCUACAAAAUGGAUUCAACUGCACCUGUAGGAAGGGUUUCCAUGGCAAUGGAACCUACUGUGUUGACGACUGUGAGGGUUACUGUGGCAACCACGGAACAUGCCACAAGGACAACCAGGAGGAAGUGUUCUGUACAUGUAACGAUGGCUACAGCGGACCACGGUGCCAGGAAACAUCAGCACUGUCAGGGCUGACUGAUGCCAUGAUUGGAGGAAUAGCUGGCGCCGCAGUAGCACUGGUCAUUCUGCUAGUGGGGGUGGCUGUGUGCUUCUACAGGUCACGCCGUGGCGGGCAAGGAGUUGGUCAAUGACCGCAUCUACCGAGACAACAAACCACCAGUCGCCUUCCAAAACAAUGCUUACGAGUCUAUUGACCGAACACCAUCGUCGAUGCUGAGGCUUGAAUCAAGCUCCAACUCCUCGGACGCACAGCCAUGGAAGAGAAGCGUGUUCUCCAACCCUGAUGAGGAUGAGUUUGAUGCUGACUGGGAGGACCCCCUCGAACUGGAGAUCAUGCUGGAGGACUUCGAGCCACGCCAGAGGACCCCCUCCACCAGCAUGGACUCCUACUUCUGAUGGACCACCGUUGUGGACUCCUAAUUCUGAUGGACCCCUUCUUGGACUCCUAAUUCUGAUGGACAUCCAUCUUGGACUCCUAAUUCUGAUGGACCAUCUUGGACUCCUACUUCUGAUGGACCUCCAUCUUGGACUCCUAAUUCUGAUGGACCAUCUUGGACUCCUACUUCUGAUGGACCUCCAUCAGUGUUGUUAGUUACUUGCAGUCAUCUGAAACCCCAAGAGGAUGCCUACAAAGAUGAUGACUUCCAAAUCUCGGAGCCAUCAUCCUGCAGAAUCUGCCAGCACCAGCAUCGAUAACUUGCAGAGUUACUUCUGAUCCCAGACCAGUUGCCCCAACUCAGAUUAGAGGUUCCCAACUACAUAAAGGCAAGACCUUCGUAAUGUGUUUCCCUACAACAGUAAAGAGGAACCCUGAUGCUGUACCUUCUGAAGACUCACACUGAUGUAGCAUCUGGCUCAUCAACUCAGGUUUCAAGGUCAUUUAGAACAUUACCAAGGGUGAUGAGGUGUUAAAUGUGUAAAGGUACCUUUGAAAAGCUUUUAUGAAGACUUUGGAAAUGUUUUUAGCAGAGAAUUCCUGGAUUAUAUUGUGCUGCAGAUCAUCUCAUGUUUUCUCCAUAAACACUGAAAAUAUUCAGCAUCCUGUUUCCAUUGGAUAAAUCCAGACUUCAAUACACAUUCUUCCUGGAAAUGAACAUGGUUCUGAUGUAGAUAUACCGUGGUAAUAUUUCAGAUGUCCUCUGUUCUGGACAGAAUAUCUAUCCUGGGGCUCGAAUAACAUUGCAAAAAUAUCUACUGCUCUCUCAGUAGCCUUGUGGUCAACAUACUGGAACCUACAUAAUGAUUAUCAAGAGUUGAUGGCAGUAUCCAAGAUGAUUUGAGAAGACAUUUUGAGUCUGGCUUUGAUCAACAGCUCGUAUGCUCUUGACCUGACUUGGUCCCAUCAACGUUCGCCACCACUCCCGCCAACACCCCCAUGAAAUGAAGUCUUAAUGUACAUGUAUAUAAACAUUUAUGCAAAAGUUGUAUGAUAUGAGUUCCAAAGCUUCCAUUUACCAAGGAUCUUCCUUUGUGUAGUCUAUGUGCCCAGAUGGUGCCAAAUGGAUACUGCAAUGUUUAUUUCAAUAUUUUGGUCCAAUGACACUUCAUUUCAUAGAUUUCAUGAUGUGUUUCAUCAGUUCUAACCCUAAAAAUUAAAGACCGUUUUAUAAGAUAUUUCAUCACCACAUUAUGUUUUUGCAACAUUAUUGAUAAACCUACUGAUUAAUAAAUCAAAUAUUCAUAAGAUACAUCAAAGUGGUUGAUAGCGACGACUGCAUAUUUUGCAGAACCGAAAUCAGAAAAUAUUUUAAGUG